AUGCCGAUCAAUUCACUUUAUUCUGUAACUACUAAUGGUCCGGUCAGUGAUCCUGCGUCACACUCCGAUUUCUUACAUGCACUUACAUUGAUAGUUACUGCUUUUAUUGAAGAUGCUUUACAGCGUGAAUUAGUUAUUGAAUUAAUGGAUCAAUACUCGCUUCUGUUUGAUAUAUCUGAGGCUAUUGUUGCACAAACAUCAAUGAACCAUGAUAUUCACACACACGAUCAUUCGCCAAUUACAAAUCUUAAUCGAUCACAAAUGUAUGAAACAAUUACUUUAUAUAUUAAAUCUUAUCGUGACUAUGCUCAACAUAAUAUCCGUCCACUUAAACCGGAUGAACAUCUUGAACCUAUUGCUCCUCCAACAGAAGUCUUUGCUAUGGUGGGAUUAGAUUGUUAG